AUGAGGUGGGGCUGGCGGCAAGCCGGGCUCUGCUCUGAUUUGCUGUGGGGGAAGAAGGGGCGUUGCGAGGUGGAGUGGCUUUGCACAGGGGGCAAGUGUCUCGGGACAUCGGCCAUGGCUGCCACUUUUAUCAACAAUGACAAUGAGAAGAUCUCAGCCAUUGUCUACCUGGCUGAUGGACAACAGUGUCGAUGCGUGCGCGUUCCGGCUGCUGGAACCAUUCGCGACCUGAUUGCCGGCAUGCUCAAGGUGCAAAGUGAUUGGAACGCCAUUGGCGCAGAUAAAUCAGCUGCUGCCCCAUCAUCCUCGCCAGACGACUAUGGCAUCGUUAAAGUUCAACGCUCCUUGGGAGAGGAGGUAGCCACGGAGCAGUUUCUGGACAACAGCCUUACACUGCAAAGCAAAGAGCUGCGCGCUGUGCGCCGCAAUUGGGAGGCCACCAUGCUGCGCCAAAUUCGUAAGCAGUUCUCCGGUGGCUUCGGCAACAAAGUGGUAAGCACCGGCAAUGUUCGCCGCCAGAGCCGUGCACAGCGCCGCAACACGGCCAGCAAGACUGCUCGCCAACAAACGGCCUCGGAUGAGUAUUGGUUUGUGAGCCCCUUCCCCAAGCGGCCCACCAAGGACGAGGUGCGGGUCAAGUUUGUUAGCCGAGCAGCCUACAAGGUUAGCAAGGGCAAGCAGGGUUGGGUGGUCAUCAAGGAGCUACGCAAAAAGUCUCGAUGGGUGGUCUACGAAGAAGACACCUUGCUGAUAUACAAGGACGCCGAGGAUGAAACGCCCGCCAUGCGAAUCGACGAUGUGGCUAGCGGUGAGCUGGUCAUCAAAAAGAGCAAAAAGGAGGCGGUAACCAUACAGAUGAAGUGGGGCAAAACCAAGCUGACCAUGAUCUGUGAGACGGAAGUGAUGGCUGAUCGGUGGGUUGCUGCGCUGCGUCAGGGCAGAAGCGGUCUGGACCCCGAAGCCGCCACACAACUGGAGCUCAAGUCUGAGGUCGUUGAUAUGAUCCCAGAGCUCACGGAGGAAGAGGAGGAGGCUGAGAUUCGCGCUGCGUUGGCCAUGCGUCUCUUGAUGCAGAAGAGUCGGGGUGCUGGACAAUGCGUUGCCGACGAAGAUGCCUACAUCACGUUGUCAGAAAUGGAGGCGUAUGCAGACGAAGAAGGCGGCGAAGAUGACACAUACCUCACCGUGGAUGACAUGGACUACAUCAUGGUUAACCGCGAGGGUGAUUACUUGACCAUUGAUGCCAUGCGCACGCUGGCGCAAGAGGCUGGCUACUUGACGGUUGACGAUAUGCAGCGCCUGGCCAAACCAGACGGCGAGUAUUUGACGAUUGCAGACAUGCAACGGUUGGCGUCAGAUGCCGGAUACAUCAGCGCAGCAGACUUGCGCGAGCAGUUGGCAGCUGAUGCCGGUUACCUGAGUGCUAAUGAACUCCGUGCUCAGAUGGCGGCCUCCUGA